GUCCUUUUCAAAAUGAAUUUGAUUAAAUUGUUCCAGCGCACGAAUUCGUGUUUGUGAUGAGAAACAUUUUCAUUUCCUUCCCAAAUUCACCCGCACGUGAGUGAGAGUUUCGUUUCAGAGACUGAUUUUUGAGCUACGAUUCCACACCGCAUUGCCAAACAUGGGUGCUUCAGAAUCUACUCCCUCAAGCAGACAGACGCCAGAUGACAAAAUCACAACCAUAACUGAGCGAUCGGAAGCCUCUGACCCUAUCUUGGAGCGCCUCAAAUCUCUCAAAAUUACACCGCCCAUAUUGACCUCACCCCCAACAGAGGGUACCUUAACUGAUAUUUUAGUGAGGAAGCCUUCGUCGUCCUCGGUUUCAGCUACAGUCAAUCCGAAGGUUAUACUGGAGCUCUUCUCAAUGUACCAUGAUUGGCAGGAGAAGAAGGCCCAAGAGAUAAGCAAAAGACAGGAGGAAAUAGAAAACAAAAUAGAAGUUGCAGAUGCUUUAGCAAUCAAACUUCUUCAGCGAUAUAAUCAUUCAACAUCUACAAUGAAGACUGCCUCACAACAUCUAUCGGGAGUUCAUGCAUUGCAGGUGGAAAUUGGAGAGCUCAAAGGAAGGUUGACUGAAGUUAUAAGUAACUGUGAUGCACUGUGCAAUAGGAUUGCAUCAGAGGGCCCAGAAUCUCUCCGGUCAUCUAUCAAGCCUUUUGCAAUUGCUACAACUGACCAAGAAACCUGCUCAAGUUCAUCUAGUUUGCGGACAGUUUCAAAAACAAAUUCACCUUCAGCAGAAGAAUAGUCAGACCAACAGUUUUGAUUCUUGCUCAUAUUUUCAGAAGCUUCCUGCAUUCUUAUCGAAUGAGGCGCUCGAUAGUCUGCAGAACGGUUGGAUCACAUUCACAUGAUAGACUAUUUUUUUAUGGGACUAUGUUUUGGAUUUGGAGGGCAUGCAACUUUUCAUUGAUGGGGACCAAGUUAUGGCAACCACAGAGUAACCCAGCCAUGUUAUAAUGCUUCUAUGAAAAGGAGCUAUGAUGCUCAUCACCGACACGCACAUAUUGAGUUUGGUUGCUAUCUUGAGGCAAAAAAAUGAAAGGACGUGUGAUCAGAUCUAAAGCAUUUGUCAUUUUUUGGGUGGGGUUUUUUUUUUUUAUAAGUUCACGUCAUUGUUUUCGACGAUCUGAGUUGCACAAUAUUGCGGUAAUUUCAGUAUAAAAUGAGCACGUGAUCGUGUAAUUAGUUGUGCGACAUGUUGCCAUUGUCUUAUUAUGAAAUUUACACAAAAUUGUUCGCAAAA